AUGGCGUCUGAAUUGCCGAAGAAGACAUCAACACCUCGUCUUUUGUCCAGGGAAAUGCUGAAAUCUUUUAGUCUGCUUCCCUCUAAGUUCCAGAGGGAGAAGUUUCUCAGCACAAAGAAGGAGGCCAGUCCUGGGAAGAGUAUUCUGCCCAAAAUUGGCCCAUUUCUAGACAGGAGUGAGAUUCGUCGAAAGUCAUCAACAGGUGCCGCGAAACCGAGCUCGUUUGAGGUUUCCCCACCAGAGAUGGUAUUUGAGAACAUCGUCGCUCAUGAGGUUUAUGAGAUGGCGCUGUCUCUCAUGAAUAAGGACAAGUUUCCUCAGGUGGUGAAGGUCUCCAUGGAGAGCUCACCUUACUUCCAGCUCAUGAGCUCCAACAACGCAUACCGUGUCGUGCUGCCGGGCGCCUCUGCCCCCGUGCGCAUCCGCUUCACCCCCGACGAGAGCAAGGAUUAUUCCCACGAGUUCGUCUGCGUCACUGCCAGGGAAAGGAUCGUUGUGCCAAUUGUGGCCAUUGGUGCCCGAGCUGUGCUGGACCUCCCUGCUCAGCUGGACUUCUCCAAGUGUCCAGUCAAGCACAGCACCCAGCAGACUCUGCUGGUGCGCAAUGUCGGUAACGUGAAAGCUCGGUACCAGCUGAGCACCCCGAGCCCUUUCUCCGUGGUGCCGGCCACAGGAAUUCUGGGCGCUGGUGAAACCCUGAAGGUGACAGUGACAUUUCACCCGCUGACCAAGGGUGACCAUUGCAGCCUCCUGAGCUGCAGCUCAGCAAAGACUCUCCUUUGCUUUGUUCCAGGUGAAGAAAAAAUCCACACAAAGCUCCAUGGAGAAGCUGUAGAUGUCAACGUUGGGCUGAGCACAAAUUCCGUGCACGUUGACACCACCUACAUCACCACAUCUACCCACAGAACCGUGUUCAUUGAAAACAGGAGUAACAUCACAGCCCACUUCCAGUGGAAGGCUUUUCCUACUGAGGAACGUGAGAAUGAAGUGAAGAGGAGGCGGAGCAGUUUGCUGCACUCACUGAGCCAGGUGAGGCUGGAAAAUUUCACGGAGGAGAAAAAAAGAGAGGAGGAGAAAGAUGAAGAUGGCGCUGCCCUCCUGACCAGCAUGGCCCAGGAGAAGAUGGCAGAGGUGCAAGAAGACUCCAUUAUGUUCUCCGAUGACGUUUUUUUCAUUGAGCCAAUGGAGGGAGAAAUCGGGCCCAAUUGUUCGGCCGCAAUCAGGGUGACCUUUAAACCCCUGGAUGUACUGGGGUACCAAAGUAUGGCUUACCUCAGCAUCUCAGGCCGUGAGAUGAGGCUGCCCCUGCGCCUCAGAGGGGAAGGCCAAGGACCCUUGGUUGAAUUCAGCUCUCAUACACUGAACAUUGGGAAUGUUUUCGUCAACUCUUCCCACAUCCAUGAGGGUGCCCUGGGCCCAGGUUUUGUGCCCCCGAGCCACAACAGCCGGACCAUUGCAAUGCCUUUAACCGAGCCAUUGCCUGCUCUGUCCUCCAGGGGCAGCGUCACCGUGCCGAGUUUAGAGUUCGAUGUCGAUGAGAUCAACUUCGGUGAGAUCUCCUUUGGCUUUCCCCACACGCAGUGCUGCCGCCUCACCAACAGCUCCCCAGUGCCCGUGACGUUCCAGCUCCGCAUGUCGGACGAUGGCACGCAGCCGGCUGUGGACAGCCUGGAUCAAAUACGCAGAGAAGGUGACCCAUCCUGGAGGAACGGAAUUCAUUUCUAUCUGGAGCCCAAGGAGUUCAGCAUCAAUCCCAGCCAAGGCACCAUCCUCCCCCAGGGACACCAGGACAUCGAGGUACGGCAAGAGCCCGGCCACAGCCGCUGCAGCACCAGGGCUGGAGCUGCACUGCAGGGUGGGAGGGCUUUAGCUCUGGUGCCAGCUUGUAGCAUCCUGGCACUGAGACAUCUGCACUGCUGGGAGGCUUCUGCUAGCUGGGUGACCCUGUGUUCCAACAGCGUGGUGGAUUUCUACCGGAGAAUGCUGGUGGACCUGGAGGGUUUUGGCAAGGGAGUGACAGCACUGGUCAUCACAGCCAGGUACCAGCCCUUGCCUGGCCUCCCCCAGGCACUGCCUUGCCCAGGCUGUGCUGGCUGCAGCUGCCAAGGAGAAGUGCUGCUGAAUGCCCUCAUGUUGUGCCCAGCUGGACACGAGAACAGCAGUGCUUGGACAGCAGCCCGGGGUGAAAAGCUCAUAGCCCAGCACAGUCCUGAGCCUUUUUCUAAAGGGAUCAGGAAUGAUAUUUUUAUUGGCCUGGGAUGUCUUGUUCCUGAGCUGCGAGUGUACCCUGAAAUCCUGCUGUACGAUGAGUGCCACCUGAAUGUGCCAUACGAGAGGAAGUUCCUCAUUGCAAAUGACACCGACUUUCCUGGCUGCUACGGGCUUAUUCCCCAGGAAUGCGAGGAGGACUCUCCUGUGCUCUACUCCAGCCCCAAGCCCUGUGGGAUUGUCCAGCCCCACAGCUUUGCCGAGGUCCCAGUUAUAAUCAAAGUCCAAACACUGGACAAGCAUCGCACUGACAUUCUCAUUGGCGUGUUCGGGGAUGAGAGAAACCCCCUGGUGAGGGCAAGGGGAGAUGUGAGCCUGUGUGCAGCUGCUCCUGGCAGGGUGCACAGGGACAGGGACUCUGCCGGGGAAAACAGCCACAGGCUGCUGGGGAGAAGGACAGGAGGGAUGGGGGGCACAAACAGCCCGUGCCUCAUAGGUGGUGACCUCAGUAGACCAGAAUUACGGAGCACUGGACAGCUGGCAGAAAUCUACCCAAGUCCCAGGCUGAUAGAGUUUGGCAAGAUCCCAGCACUACAGCCGACUUCACGAAGUCUUACCCUCUUCAACAAAAGUCUUGUCCCUACAGACUUCAGGAUGGAGGUUGUUCGCAAACGCCACUGCUGUACCAUUGAACCCAGUGAAGGAGUGAUCCCUGCUGGGGGUGAGGUGCCUGUGACUGUCACAGCUACCCUGGAUGACAGGGGGCUUUUUUCUGUCCCUGUCCGGGUGUUCAUUGGGAGCAGCCUUAGCACCGCCUUCGGGCUGGUGGCUUUGGGCACUGGCACCACAAUUGUCAUAGAUGAACCAUUCGCCCCAGAGCUCAACUUGGGAUACCAAUUCAGCCUCGUGCCCUGUAUUUGUCAGUUCAAAGUAACAAACAGGGGCCACCAUUUCCAUCGGCUCUUCUGGAGUGUGGAAUGCUACAGCCCACCUGAGCAGGAGGGCCAGAGUGUCUCAGCCCUCAGCAGGCCCAAGGAUGAUUCCCAGAGCCCCAAACGUGCCGAGCCUUUGUUUGGGCUGGAGCCGCUGUCGAUGGACCUGCAGCCAGGCCGGUGUGAGGACAUGGUGCUGCGAGGCUUCUCCAGCAUCGCACAGGAGGUGCAGGAUUAUGUGAUGUGUGAAGCUGUCAGUAUGGCAACCAGCAGGACUGAGAAGAUAAUGGAGACAGUCAUUACCUGCAAGUUUAUUCACCCUUCUAUAGAAUUGUCAGCCAGACACUUCUCUUUCCAGGUGACCAAGAAACCCAGUGAUGUCCUGAGGCUGCACUACCAGCCUUUGGCUAUAAAAAACACUUGCCUGCUGCCACUGGACCUUAUGCUGGGCUUGGAGCAGCCAUUCCUGGUCUGUGAUAAGAAGAAGCAGCCCCUCCCAGGUGGCCAGCCUGUGAGAGUGGGUGUAGGAGACACCUGCCAUCUCUACAUCGCAUUUGACCCAGCUUAUGAACUGGAUUAUAAGAGCUGGAAAACAGAGAAGCUUCUGAAGAUAGACAUGGUCAGGGGCCAUCCUCUUGUGGAGCGUGUCAUCCUUUGGGGAGAAGUGCACUUCCCAAAUCUCCAAAUGCAGUCCAGAUCCCUGGAGUUUGGCUGCAUCAGGGCUGGCACUGAAGAAGUGCGUUCUCUGAAGAUAACCAACUGCAGCCCACUGCCCGUCCAGUACCACUGGUCAUUCCAUUCCAAGAGCCAGGUUUACAGGUUGAGGCAGGUGUAA